UAUAAUAUUUAUUAUUAUAUGAGUGGUGAUAAUGAAAAUGCGAUAAAAUUGAAACGUCCUGUAUUUAUAGCGUUUUCCAAAUGCGAAAACUGUAAUGUUUCUUUCGUUAUACGAAAAUUUAAAUCUCAAACUUUUUAAAUAAUACUGCAGAAAAAACAAGAAAAUGUUGGCAACUCCAAAAGGAAAAGGUGGCCUAUUUUUAGCUUCAUCCCUUUGCGAUGGACUUGAAGACAAUAAUAUAAGGCAAGUGAUGACCCUUCUGUUAAAUAAAGAUGCAGAUCCUAAUAUCUUAAUUCCAAUGCAUGGUGUAACUCCAUUUCACUUAGUUAUUGGGAAUGAUUCGGAAGAAUUUGCAGAAGAAGUCACCAAAUUAUUUUUACGCCAUGGUGGUAAUCCCAAUGUGAGAUCAAGUGAUGGAAUGACUCCGGUUCAUGUAGCGGCAGCUUGGGGAAGAAUAAACAUAUUACAGUUACUUUUAGUAAAUGGUGGUGAUCCAUUAUGUUUGGACAAUGAUGGACGUAGUCCAUUUCACUAUGCCUUUGAUGGAAAGUAUUUCAAAGCUGUGACAAUACUCUCAAAUCACUGUGAAAGUAUCCAAGAUGAAGAUGACAAACCAAAGUAUAAUAUGGCGCUUGAUAAAGUUUUAAUUACUAAUGGCGACAUUGUUGCUGAAUAUGUUACAUCAAAAGAUGCAAUGUCAAAUUUAGAUAAUACGACAAUAAAGAGUGUGCUUACUGAUUGUAAGGCCAACUCUUCUUCAAUGAUUGUAAACAUGAACAAUGCAUUAGAUGUACAUAAUAUUGAAACUAAAUGCAAAUUACUAAACAAUUUAGAUGAAUAUUCUAAAGCUGCUAAUACAAUGACUGCUCAAUUGCAAAAUAAUCUUAUAUGGACUGAUAAGAAAGAAAAAUCAAAUUAUUCAUUUAUUGAUCUCGAUUUUGACUUUGCAAAUUUACAUCUUUCUGAUGUCAUGCAAAAGGAAAAAUGUUUUGUUAGUCAAAUCAUUAAUCAUCUCUCAUCAUCAUUAGCAAGCGAUUGCACUAUUAAUGAAACUUUGCAUAAUUACAAAAAAAAAAAGUGCGAAGAAAGUGAUUCUGACAUUGAAUUAAAGAAGGAUGAAGAUACAUAUUAUAAAUACAAAUAUUACGAAAAUUCAAAGGACUACCUACAACAUAACAUUUCUAAUAAUGAAAUCUUAAAAUUUAAUACUCCUAAUUUCAAAGAAUAUUAUUCAAAAUAUUGCACACAAAAUACUUCUAAAAAACAACACAAAAAGAAUUCCAACAAAAUUCUUGAAACACCAUCUUAUAUCUUGGAUGACUCUAUCAUUAGUAUGUCGCCAAACUUUAAUACACCUAAUCAUAGAAAAGGAAAAAAUAUUGCUAAGACACCAUUAACACCGUAUAUUAACAAUGAUCCUAUUGUUAGCAAGUCGCCCAAUUUUACAACACCAGUUUGCACAACUAAAAAGAGAAAUUUAUCAAAGACAUCAUGCUCCAAAAACCAUUUUUCCACGAAUGUAUUCAAGAAGCUUUGUGAAUAUAAAACUCAAACACAAUAUUCCGAACUUAAUUGGCACAAAAAACAUAUUGCACAAUCAACGCCAAGAAGGAAGAAAAGAUCGAUAUAUAAAUUUCAUUCUGGUAAAAAAAGAUUUAAUCCUUAUCAAUAUGAAAAUGAUGUGACUUCCGAUGAAUUUACUGCUGAUAAUAAAUUAAAACCAGUUGAUUUAAAUAAAACAAUAUUCUUGGAGAAAACAGAAGAUAUUCGUGAUAUCCUGGAUACAAGUAGUGAAUAUUCAUCAUUAAAUGUUAAGGAAUCUUUAAAAGUAAGAUUUUCACAAAAUCAUUGUAACAAUUAUUUGGUAACAAAGUUAGAUGAAGGAAGAUAUGACGAGGAUGGUAAAAUAUCUGACAACUCAAAUCUUCUAGAAAACAGCUUUAAUCAAAUGGAGGAAAAGGAGAACAAAUAUGUUAACAAUUUUAACAAUGUUAAGAAAUAUGCAAAAUCUGAUAAUUAUCAUGUAGAUACUAAACAGCUUAUAACAGUCAGAAAAGAUAUAUUUAAAAUCGAUAAGACAUCGAAAAUGACAGAUGCUUUCACUAAUAAUAUAAAAUCUACAUGUACAACUGAAUCUGAUAUGUUGCAUAGAGAAAAUUUUAUAGAUUGUGUUGAUUGUGAUACCAAGAAAUUACUGAAUGAAGAUCUGGAUAUGAAUAUAAGUAAGACUUGUAAUUUACAUACAAAAAAUUGGUGCAAUAAUGAAAUUCAUGAAUCACAUAAGUUAAUUAUAGAGAAUAAUUCACUGGCAAAUGUAAACUUACCUAUGCAAUGUAAAAAACAUAUUUAUUUACUGGAUUCUGAAAAAUCAUCUUUCUCAAAACUGGAGAAUAAGACUGACUCCAAGAAGAUAGAGAAUGUGCCAAAAAUUAAAAGCAUAGAAAUGUCUGAAAUCGAAAAAAAUUCAUCCAUGCUUUCAUAUGUUAGUGCUCAAGAAUAUAAAUAUGAAGAUUCAGAAGAAGGUGUAAUUUUAUUAGAACGACGACUUUGUAUCACACCAUUCAGUACUUUCAGUGGAAUUGAAUGUGAUGUCAAGAAUAAAAUGAUCGCAUCUGAUGCAGCCAGUUCUCAAAAUUUACCAGAAGAGUUAUUAUUCAUUGAUGAUGUUACUCUUAGACAAGAGCUUAGACAACUUGGUGAUCAACCUGGUCCAAUUACUGAUACAACUAGACAGCUUUACCAAAAACGUCUUAUGCAUUUAAAAAAUGUUAAAAACACUAAUAUUCCAUCAAUGCUGAAUCUGCAAAACAUUUCACAAAAUCACGUAAAACCGAGUGACCAAAUCAAUUCUCAUUUAGAGCUUGGAGAUUGGUUAAAUCACAUAGAUACCUACAAAAGUUUAGAAAAACAUGUAUUCCAAGAAUUUGUAUCACCGGACCCAUCUCGGAGGUGGCGCGAAGGCAAAUCAAAAACAUCUUUUACUUAUCUGCUUUUAGAUCCACGUAUAACGCAGGAUUUACCGAAUCGUUGUGUCCACCUUACACAAGCUGAAGUCUGGUCGAUCUUUCUUAAUGCUAUAUUUUACAUUGGCAAAGGCAAACGUUCUAGACCUUUUGAUCAUCUUUAUGAUGCAUUUAAAACAUGGGUUGACAAUUCAACUACUACAAAUAAAAAAAUAAAAUGCAUUCUCGAUAUAUGGAACAGUGAUCAUGGUGUGAUCUGUUUACAUGUUUUUCAAAAUAUUAUUCCGGUGGAAGCUUAUACGAGAGAGGCUGCCAUGAUAGAUGCAAUAGGAAGGGAACAUUUAGGUAAUUGCAAGAGUGGUGAAUAUUAUGGCAUUGCAGCAACAUGGAGCAUGCAACAAAAACAGAAAUUUGGUAGAUAUUUAUUGUAUAAAGCUUUACAAAUUUUUAUGCAAGAGGGAGAAAGACAACUUUUGCCCCAACAUUUAUAGUGGAAUAACAAGCUAGAUGCAAUGUUACAAUUCAAAUUUUAAUAUUCUGUUAAUUUAUACAUGGCAUAGUUAUAUAAAUAUGGUUGCAAAUUAUGUGCAAGUGAUGAUAUAUAAAUAAGUAAAAUAUGAUUAUUUUUG